AUGCGGAUUGCCGUCCUGGCUCAAAGCUCGAGUAGGGCGCCUUUGUGCGCAGAGGACGGAGAGGAUCCCGUCUCCAGUGCGCGGCACUUGAUGAACCGCUACAAGGUGCUCAAGACGCUUGGAGACGGGACAUAUGGUUCAGUUCUGAAAGCCCAGAACAAGCAGACAAAUGAAUGGGUGGCAAUCAAGAAGAUGAAACAGAAGUACUAUAGCUGGGAUGAAUGCAUGAAGCUUCGUGAGAUCGCGUCAUUGCGGAAGCUUAUACAUCCCAACAUCGUGAAGCUCAAGGAGGUCAUCAGAGAAAACGAUGAGCUUCAUCUAGUGUUUGAGUUCAUGGAGGCCAAUUUGUACGAGUUCAUGAAAUCCAGAGUUCGUGCGAUUCCAGAGAGCAAGGUUCGAAAUAUCAUGUUUCAGACCAUGCAGGCCAUGAAUUAUGUGCAUAAACACGGCUACUUUCAUCGAGACAUGAAGCCAGAGAACCUGCUCGUUAGUGGGGAGACCGUCAAACUCGCUGACUUUGGCUUGGCGCGUGAAAUUAGAGCGCGCCCUCCCUUCACCGAGUAUGUUUCGACUCGGUGGUACCGAGCACCGGAGGUGCUGCUGCGUAGCUCCAUCUACAACUCCCCGUUAGACAUUUGGGCCUGUGGUGGCAUCAUGGCCGAGUUGUACACACUAAGGCCGCUAUUUCCGGGAGCAUCUGAGAGCGACCAGCUCUACAAGAUUUGCUCCGUGCUGGGAACACCCACAACAGUCAGCUGGCCAGAAGGCUUCAAACUGGCAGCCCAGCUGGGCUACCGAUUUCCACAGUUUGUGCCUACGAGACUGGAGACGCUCGUGCCACAGGCAAAUGCCGAUGGCAUCCAGUUGAUGCAGGCCAUGAUGCAGUGGGACCCCAACCGGCGGCACUCCGCCACAAAGAUCCUCCAUCAUCCAUUCUUCGAGGCGGAUGCCCUGAACGAAACUGCUCAGUUCGGCCUGCCUUCUGUUCCUGCUGGCCACGCAGAGGCGGCGGCGCCAGCGGCCCCGAGCGCAGGACCAGCGAAGAAGUCGGGCAUCCCGUCGCUGCCUGGUGGCAGCAGCAGCAUGAGUGGCACUCACAGCCUCGGACUUGGUGGCGAUGCCUUUUUCAACAGCAAAGGAAGCUGGAAGGAGGGGCACGGCAGUCAUCCGAACUCGGGCAGGAGGCCCUCGGGCUUCGGAAGCGGCAAAGAAAAUGCAGGUGGUUCUAAAGGCUUUAACCUACCGCCACUGGGAGCAUCAAUGGCACCCAUGGACGGCCGAAAGAGCUCCGGCACGGGCAAGAAGAGCCCUGGGGCACGCUACCUAAAGAUGGCGCGCUACCAACCAGGAAUGCCGCAGCAGAUGUCAUCCUUGCCGGCCGUGCGGCCGAGUAUGCCUCCGGGCGCCGGCAUGCCGGGCGUGGCUGGCGUUCCAAGCGCCGGCAAUGCGCGGCCGGAUGCCUUGCCGGAGGUUGGCGGAGGGGCCCCCCGACAAAGCUACUUCGGAGCCCAUGCCGCCAGAAUGCUGGGCUGA